AGUUCAUUGCGUUUCAGGCUAUUCAAGUCGGGCCUCCUGCGCUAUCCAGCCCCGCAGCAGAUCUAUCGUUGUCUCACGGUAAACUGCUUUUCAACAGAAAAUAAAUAUGUAUUUGGGGAGACGAUAUUGUAUUGCUACCAGAUCGUUCCCACAAUACACCACAGGCAUAGUAUAUGCACACACGUUAAUAACUGUAUUAAUACAAUCGAUUGGUCCACUGCGGACAGCAAAAAGUUUCGUGAACUUAACCGUGACAACCAUUUCCGGUCGUGUCGCACUUUCUUGGUUCUGAGGAAACUAUCGAUAUUUCUCUCUAGGACUAAAAAAAAUCUGACUUACAUUAAAGAAGAACUGUAAGUAGGGAUAGCCGUAUUUAACUUCUGAUUUUGGCGGCAAAGAUACUUUCCGCAGUGUUGUUAAAUCUCUUUGAUAGGCGCCAUUCCUUGUAUUCGGGCGUGACCCAUGUUUGCGGUCUUCAUACACAAACAUACACACCCAGUAAUCUCAGAAUGGACUUACAAACGAGGACUCCAUCGUUUUAAUACCACACCACAUCACGGGUAUCAACACCAAUGAGUAACUGUUGGAUGGGAUAACUUUGAAUUUCAUUUUUGUCUGCAAACUAGUCGAAUAAGGACCCUACCAAUCAAUCAGGUGCGUUAGCUUAUCUGGAUCAUGGCCCUUGAACUUCCUUUUAACAACUGGCCUUUCUCCUCGGCCAAUAGUGGCCGCCCUGGACAACAGCACCAACAGAAGACCUUUAAGAGAUAUGAUAGAAAUGAGUCUCCUUUCAAAGACAUCAGUCCGAUCCCGACUGGUCGUGACUUUGGAACUUUCCCAAUCGUGGAUCGUCAACCUAAGAAUGUUGCUCGCAAAGAGGCCACACAGAAUCUAAAUAUCCGUGCUAGCAGAGGGUUCCUAGCUCCAGAGGAGUUGACCCCAGAGAACCAGUUUCACCCCAUUCCUGAAAAUGAUGAUGUUACUCGUCAUAAUCCGCUCCAUGAGCCUGCAGGUGUCCAGCAGGAAUCCGAGGUUCAACCUGAGACAAGAACGAAAGAACCAUGGAGAGGACUGUCUCUGAUGGAUCGAUACAGAGAUUCCAAACGAAAGCCUAAGCCGGUAAGACGGACCAAUUCAUUGCUAGAAUUCUCGGAAUUCAUUUUUCAGCGAGAGGAUGGAACUACUGUCCAACCAGGACAGAACCCACCUCGUCAUUUCCCAUCUCCAACACAAAGGCGGAGACAACCGCCGGCCAUGACUGAGCAACAAGCUUUGAAAAGGAUGGAUCUCCAACAACAACUAGCAUACCAUCUGCAUAACAUUGACACUGGCAGGCAUCCGAACAGUGAUAUUAUAGGAGGUCAGCUGUAUAGUAGUGGACGUAGACAAGCUAAUGGAGGUCUCGAGCCGAACCAAAGGAAUGGUCUUGAAAAUGGUAUCCAGCAACCAAGAGUUGUGCCUACAUUGAUCCCAACAGCCCAACCGAUCAACUACCAGCCCUUCGAUGAUAUCCCAUACCUACCUAGGAAAACCAGGCGGACAGAAUUUCAAAGAAAAGAGAAAAAGAUUUUGUGUUGUGGAAUCAGUCUCGUGCUUACUGGUCUCAUACUCUCGUGCGGAUUCAUCGCUAUAUUUGUAGCCAUUACCGUUCUCAACGAUGCCUGGCCGAACAGCGGUCUCGUGCUGGUAGGUGUGGUCUUCGGUCUGUUGGUGAUGGUUGUUGGAUUCAUCUUCGCCUGCCAUAGUUGCUUUUUUACUGAGAAGGAAGAAGUUGAUACCCCAGCACAUGUCUCUAGCUACCAUCCAGUGUGGCAGCAUUCUCUUCAGAGGAGUACCAUUGAUCGCCAAGGUGCUUCUGAUGCCAUCCCUGUAACAGACUUACCUCUUGUUGGGGAUACUUACAACGAGCAACCACUUGAACCGGAAGUCAUUGUGACCGACGGAAACGUCGGUGAAACCGUCUUACCAAGCAUGCCUAACGGUUCUGUACCUGUAUCCAACGGGGUUCCAACACCGCUUGCUUUCGCUGCUCCAUUUUCCACAUCGGCGAAUGACUAUCAUAUGUAUUAAUCCCUUGCCUUCUGGGGGCUAGUACAAACAAGAUGAGAAUUAUAGAAUUCACAUGAUUCAGAAAUAAACUGGGUUAACUACUAUCUGUUUCACCUCGCGAUAGUAAGGAAUCGAAGCAAAGCUUCUGCAAUUGAUAGAAUUUUGACACGUUGUCAAUGGUGAUUUAUCUAAACAAAGAUGUUGAAGAGAACUUUUGGAUCAUGCAUAAACAUGACACACCUGAAGCGGGUAGACACUAGAGCUUUGACAAUCCCAAACUUUUAGUGAGCCUAAAUGUUUUUCUCGAUUAUUCGGUCAUUAAUCACAUUGAUUGUUUUAUGAUCUAUAAUAAGACGAUUUAAUACCGUUUCAACAAAUUCCAAUGAAGGUGUUUCCAAAUGGUGUGAACUAGAGAGAGGGAGAGAGAAAGAAUGGGGACGGUGGCGUUAAGUCUACAAUUAAAACAUCUUCUGUACUGUAUUUGAAGAUUCCUUUUUAGAUUGUCAAUAGCACUAAUGCAUGACCAAGAAAACAAAAACAUUUUAUCAUCAUUAUUUUCAAGAGAUAUUUGUAUAUGUUCUUAUCAUGGUGAUUCCUAACUCUCAUAGGGUGGGUUUUCAUUCAUUUAAAUAUUCCUUUUUUUUUUUUUUCAUGAGAAUUAUUUAACACAGUCCAAGUGUGAUAAAAAUGAGAAAGCAAGAAUGCAAUAUUUCACAGUUUCAUUCCCUGAAACAAAUCCUCUCUUUUCAUGUAUUUUGUUAAUGUUUUCAGAAAUUGUGAUAUUUCGAACUAGUAGAACAGGUCCUUCACAAAGAAUGCAUUUAAACCAAAAGGAAUUUGCAGCGUUAUGUUAGGGGAAUCAAAGAUGAGAGUUAUUCUUCUCACAGUGUAUAGUUUAUUACUGGAUAGAUAAUUAGCAAUUAUCAUUGUACCUUUGUAGUAUAUAUAUAGUUCUGUAAAAUAUUGUUUACAUUAUUGUAUAUCCAAAAAAUGGAAGGUAUGAAAUUCUAUUAGUCUUAUUCAUACAUUCCGCAAACUAUUCAACCGCGUUCUUUCAUUAUUCACGAAAGGUAGAGAGAUGAAUAUAAACUUUGUUCGAGUCCUAUUAUUAUUCAGUGAUGAACGACAUUUAUACACUUGUAUUUAGGUUAAGGAGUAUGCAUUUAAAAUCUAUAUUUUCUUUAUUCGAAAUAGAAAUCAGAAACAGAUAUCUUCUGAAAAUUUGUUUUUGCCCAAUUAAUCGUGGGCCCCACAGCCACUGUGCAGCGUCAGAUCGACGUAGCUCUAUCCCUUGUAUUGUUGAAUAUCAAACAGGGUCGCAGCAACCCACGUCUUUUAAACGUAUUUUGGUCUGACGCGGCCGGGAUUUGAAUUCCUGACCUCCCGGGUGUGAGACGGACGCUCUACCAACUGAGCCAACACACCGGUUACUGAUUUCUUACUGAUUGAUAUAUGAUAGACCCACCUCCCGUUCUUUAAUGCAAUCUACUGUCUGAUUAAAUUUUUAAAAACAUUUCUUGAAUAUGACCAUUUCAAUUUAUAAAUUAUAUUCAUAAUCAUGGAUGUAUAUAAUAUAUUUGUCUCUACAUCGACAUCUAUUCUGUAUUUUAGAGGUACACGAGUGGUAAAAAGCACAGUAAUUAAGUACAGUAUAUUAUUAUAACACGCCCAUUUUAAUUGAUCUAUUUAUGUUUUAAAGUAAGUUGUUGACAAAAUAGAAUUAUUGUACCAGAAAGGGUUUAUAGAUGACUACACUAUUGUCUUUUAAAUCAACUUCACAAUAGGGAGUUUAAUUACUUUCGGGAAAUCGUUUUCUGGGAAAGCGUUUAUACCCCUCCCUUCACCUCCCCUCCCUUCACCUCCCCCUCCCUUCACCUCCCCCUCCCUAUCCAAACCUUAAUUGAAAAUAAAACUCAUCAUAGAAAUGACAAAAAGGUAGUUAAUGCAUGUGAAUCUGAGACAAUGCAGAUAAUACUAUCGUCAUGGUGGCUCAAUGUUAUAGCAUAGAGCUCUGUGGUUAUAGUAUCUUCUGGAAGGCGAUGUGUUAAACCCCUGAUCAGGGGAUUUUCGCUGUCGUGCACGGAGAAACUCCUGCACUUGAAGAGCGAAAUCCCUGAUUAGGGGUUUCUAGGCUAAUCUAUGCCGAGUCAUAUAAGACUUUUAAUAGACUUCACCAGGAGUUUGGCAUGUUGGAACGAAGAAUUUUAGUAAUUAGCUAUUAUAUCAUCUCAAUAAUAUUUAUCAUUAACUGAGUAAUGCUAAUUCUUUAGCGACCUUUGAUAAUUAAACUAUAAUAUGCAAAGUAGCAACAUGAGAAUAUAAAAAACCAGAUGAACAAAAGUUAUGAAAUAUUGAAUAUUUUGGUCCCAUUUUCUGCCAAUCAUUUACAGUGGGCUCACAAAAUCCGUGUAAAAGUAGCUAAGUUGGUUUUUAUUUGAGAAAUACCUCCAGAUUUAUUUUGAAGAUGAUUAUAUAAGUUUACACUAUGCAAGCUCUUUCAUUUCGUGUAUAUAUGAUUAUAUUUUUGUAUAUGAGGUUUUAAUUCAAAACGGUAUUCAAUUCUAUUACACGUUCUUGCUAAACAAAAGUUUUUCAUAUAUUUUCUAUAUUUUAUGAGUAUGUUUAGUAUGAUUAUAUUCUUAAGAAUGUACAUGUAUGUGUAUGUAGGCAAUUCACCCCAAAGCCGAAAAUGUUUCCAUGUUAUUUGACCUUUCAAUAUUUUCGCUGUUCCCUAUUUUAUCCUAAAAAAUUGAAUCAUUUUUUUUAAUAACAUGAAUAUAUAUUCAAAUGAUGAUGAAAACCGAAAUGCUAGAACAUUUCGGCAAUGCUGCUUAUGAUCAUUAAUGUUAUCUAUAUAUUAUAUUAAGAUGUCUUCGACGCGAUGUCUUUCGAUGUAUCAUUUUAAUUUCAUAUGCAUGUAUAUUGGUAAAACAUUUUAUAGUACAUAUCGGACUCUUUUGCGACACUGACAUCUGAAGCCAAAUAUUGAUGUUAUGUUGCUCGGGUAUGAUAUUUCCACACAAUUUCAAAAUAAAGUAGACCUAUCUAUU